ACUGAAACAUAUCCUAUAAUCACUGCCACUGUAUAUACAAAUAUCAGGAUCAUUUACCAAGCAUGCGAAAUCAGUGGAUGGAUCAACAUAAUCAGCAAUAGCUCCUGAACUGACCUUUGUGGUUUUGACGAGCGGUUGCGCGAUGAUCGACGGAGCGGUUGACCAACUGCUGGUUUCGCUUGUGCUCUCUUUGCUCUUAGCUUUCUAUGUGGCUGCUGUCCUUCAUCAUCGACUUGGCUUUGACGUUGUUCUUGUGGUGCUUGAGGUAUCAUUGCUGGCUGUUGCUGCUCUUCCUGUACAUUGUGCUCUGGUGGUUCUGGGGAUAGCUGACAUUCUUCAUCGUCAUUAUCCUGCGAGCAAAACUACAGCAUAAUAUUUUAAAGUCAAACUCGAAUAUUACAUCCAACAAUCACUUUUUAUCACAGAAUAACUGUUCUUCUGUCCUCUUACAAUGAAACUGUUGUUAUCCCCCUCUUCGUCAGAGCCCUAUACAAUAAUAUAAUACUUAUUCAGUGACUUCUUUUCUUUUAAACACGUUCAAUAACACGUCGAGCCAUAUUUUCUAGUUUCGUUCUGCUUCCCCCCUAUGGAUCUUCUGAGAACUUACAAGUGCAUCGCCUUCUCCUGUA